AUGCCUGUCAUCUGGAGCCAGGAGAAUGAUCAACGCCUGAUCAAAGCUAUGUGGGAAUCUCCUAGCAAGAGUUUUGGUGAUAUCGGGACGGUCUUCUUCGGUGAGACGUCGAUCUCGUGUUCUCGUCAUGCAGUGAAGACCGGAAGCGCGGAGUGUCAGCAGAUCAUGAGGCGUAUUCACAAACUGACUGGCAAGAGCGACUCAAGUGGAACAGUGAAAGCCUCUAGAUCUCCGUCUGGAGUCCAAAAGAAGAGGGCAGGGCGAAGACGCAAGAAGUCGAGCACUCCUUCGGAGGCGGACACAGAUGGCGGCUUUGAUGAGCGUGUGGCGUUUCCAGGUGAGACGUACCUUCUCACGAAAGGUGUCUGCGAUGGGUCUGAUUCUUUCGUUGGUGCUAACAUUCUUUGCAGGAGUGCAGGACUCUUCAAGCUCAGACGUGCCGCCGCUGAGGUCGCCAAGAGUCCGAGCAUGCAAGCCAAAAUAUCUGGUUGA